UGGGGCGUUACUUCAAGUCGCGUGAUAUGAGGAAAUAAAACGUGCUGUGGCCGGUUGUCUGCUACCAUACAUCACUCUGGAAGCCGCUAGAGAAGCCUAAGAACGAAACCGGGUCGUCGAAACAUGAAUUUGAGAGCAGGCGUCGUUUUGCUCUGCUUAAUGAGCCUCACCUGUGCGGAUCCAGUCAAAUACUUCGACUGUGGCUCAUCAUCAGGCAAGGUGAUCAUUGUGGACAUUACUCCUUGUCCCUCUCUGCCUUGCCAGCUGCAUAAAGGACAGUCCUACAGUGUCAAUGUGACUUUCAACAGCGCUGUGCAGAGUAAGACGAGCAAAGCCGUGGUCCAUGGCGUCAUCGCCGGACUUCCUGUUCCCUUCCCGAUUCCCAUUGAAGACGGCUGCAAGUCUGGAAUCCAGUGUCCCAUCCAGAAGCAGCGGAGUUAUCACUAUGUGAACGCGCUUCCCGUCAAGACGGAGUAUCCUGCGAUAAAGCUGGUGGUGGAAUGGGAACUGAGAGAUGACAACAAUCAAGAUCUGUUUUGCAUUAAGUUCCCUGUGCAGAUUGUUUGAAACAAGUGAUCUGCAUAGCUGCUUUUUUUGUUGUUUUCUUUUAAGGUAAUCUUGACCAGUAAAAACAAAUGUAAAUGAUUAUACAUACAAAUACUGUACUUGUUUUACUGACUCUGCAAACUGAUUUUAUAAUACAUAUUUUUGGCACAAUUUGAUUGUACUACACCAGUGUUUAAUGGCACGUUGCAGACAACGCAGUCAACAUUUGUUAGCAACGCUUAAUUCAGCAACUACAUUGUCCUAAUGGCUGCUAGGUAGUCUGAAUUUACACAUUUCUAGCUGUUCAAACUUUUGUAAUUUCUUACUGUCUGUGCUAUUGAGACAUUGGAAACUGUCAUGUCAUGAAAAUAAAGAAUUCUCAAUGUGUGAA